CACGGAAGAUUUAAUGAGCACGUUCACAGGCAGAAAAGACAUAUCCCUGACCUCCAGCGGCGGCCAAGGUAUACGCACGUGAAAGCACCUUGUAGUAAUUUAAGAUGAUACAUAAUGAGAUAAAAAUAGGUAAUGGGAUAUUAAAUACGUGUGGGAACUUAGAGGUGGGAGCUAUUAUUGUGGUUUCGGAUAACAGCUGUAUACAGCAGGAAUCGUUAUGAAAUUCAGGACUUGCAGAUACACGGAGAGCUGGCAGAAAUUCUUCGACGCCGGGAAGCGUGAUGGUUUCAAAGGAACUCCGCACCUCACGUUCCCCUAAAGCCAGCGCCUCGAGAAAGGGAGUCCACAGACACGACGACCGCCGAGCAGCGACGGCUCCGGAACCGGCGUGGCCGGCUCGGCGUUGCGCUCCGGACCCUGUUUGCGCGACACCCCCUCGGCCGCCCGCCGCUCCCCCCGCCGCGUGGCUGCCAUGGCAACGGAGAGAGCUAGGGACCGGGUUCCGGAAGCGCGAGAGCCGGGGCCCUGGAGCGACGCUGGUCUAAGGAUGCUGAGUCCGGAGCGCCUGGCCCUGCCGGACUACGAGUAUCUGGCCCAACGACAUGUCCUCACAUACAUGGAGGAUGCAGUCUGCCAGCUGCUAGAGAACAAGGAAGAUGUUAGCCAAUAUGGCAUUGCCAGGUUCUUCACUGAAUAUUUUCACAGUGUAUGUCAGGGAACUCACAUUCUUUUUCGGGAAUUCAGCUUCAUCCAAGCCACGCCUCACAAUAGGGCAUCAUUCUUACGGGCCUUCUGGAGAUGCUUCCGAACUGUAGGCAAAAAUGGCGAUCUCCUGACCAUGAGGGAGUACCACUGCUUGCUGCAAUUACUGUGCCCGGAUUUCCCACUGGAACUCACUCAGAAAGCAGCCAGGAUUGUGCUCACGGACGAUGCCAUGGACUGCCUGAUGUCUUUUUCAGAUUUCCUUUUCGCCUUCCAGAUCCAGUUCUACUACGCAGAAUUCCUGGAGAGCGUGGCCGCCAUCUACCAGGACCUGCUGUCAGGCAAGAACCCCAACACGGUGAUCGUGCCGACGUCGUCCAGUGGGCAGCACCGCCAGCGGCCUACCCUGGGCGAGGCCAGCACGCUGGAGGGUGUGGAGGCGUCGCUGUUCUGCCAGUGCCUGGAGAACUUGUGUGACCGGCACAAGUACAGCUGCCCACCGCCAGCCCUCGUCAAAGAGGUCCUAAGCAACGUUCAGAGACUGACCUUCUAUGGGUUCCUCGUGGCCCUCUCAAAGCAUCACGGGAUCAACCAAGCCCUAGGAGCUCUGCCUGACAAAGGGGACCUGAUGCACGAUGCCGCCAUGGAUGAGGAGCUGGAACGGCUGCUGGCGCAGAUCCCAGGCCUGGUCAGCUCUGUCACUGCCGGUCCAGAGGCCAGCUGCCUGCCUUCCCGGACCCCUCCCCGGGUUGGCUCCCCUUGGAGACCCCUCCACCACGCCCGCAAAGUGGACGCGGAGAGCGAUGGCUCCACUGAAGAGACCGAUGAGUCCGAGACUUGAGGAGUCUCAAGGGUCCUGUCUACAACAUCAGUACCCAGCUUCCCCACCCCCGCCCCCGCCCCUCCCCCGUCCUCUGCUGGUGAAAAGGCCGAAUGCCGGCCCCAGCCCAGAGACCGGCCAGAGGGGCUCUGACCGUCAGCCAAGCUGAGCGGUGACCCUGGCAGGUUAACGGCCCACCCUCUCCUGGCUCGGUCAGCCUUUCAUCAGGCCCCAAGCUGCCAGCAGAUUGAGCUCAGGCCACCGGAAAGGGGACUUGGCUUUAGCCUUUUGCUGACCGUCCCCACCUCCUCACAGCGGCUCCAGGAAGGGGGAGACCGUGGAUAACCACGCACGACCUUGCACGGUCGAGGGUACCAUCCUGUGAUGCAAGCAUCAGCAUACAGCCACUGGCCAUAAGAUGGAGGGGGGGGGGGGGCAAAAAAACUUCACUUUCAAAAGCUGCUUCAAGUCUCCUGUGUCUAACAGUUACAUACGUGAAAUGAAUAAAGUCCCUCGGGUCUGGUAGGUGGUGAAUGACUCUAAAGCCACUAGACUGAGGGGUGAAGGGAAGGGCCAGGUCUGUUUCUGGUGCCCAGUUCCGCUUCUUCUGGCAG